GGGGGACGUGGGGAGGGGCGUGGGCUGCCUGAGAGAGUCCUGUCUUUAAGGAAGGCCCCAUCCCCAAGCCAGGUGGAGGCCAGUAUGCCUGGGUCUGCACAGCACAGUUCAGCACAAGGAAGAAGGGUCCUGUGUCCUACAGUAUGCCUGAAUAUCUCACUGGACACUCAUCGGAGCCUGGAACUUGUGUCUGCUUAAAGCACAAAAUGGCAUUUAAUGAUUGCUUUAGUUUGAACUAUCCUGGCAACCCUCAGCCAGGGGACUUGAUUGAAGUGUUUCGUCCUGGCUACCAACACUGGGCACUCUACUUGGGUGAUGGGUAUGUUAUCAACAUAGCACCUCUAGACGAUGGCGUCUCUGCAUCGUUUACAAGCGCCAAGUCUGUGUUCAGCAGAAAGGCCCUGGUGAAGAUGCAGCUUUUGAAGGACGUUGUGGGAAACGACACAUACAGAAUAAACAAUAAAUACGAUGAAACAUACCCGCCCCUCCCGGUCGAAGAAGUCAUGCAGCGCUCAGAGUUUGUUAUUGGACAGGAGGUGGAGUAUGACAUAUUUGUCAAUAACUGUGAGCAUUUUGUGACUUUGCUCCGCUAUGGAGAAGGAGUUUCAGAGCAGGUGUGCUUACUUUUUAAUAAAGAUGACUGCCGAGGACAAAUCUUAGCCCUAAAUAGGAGACUUGGGUGUGGUGGAAUUACCACACCGGCCUGGAGAGAGGGAACAGAAUCAACAACACAGAGGACAUCCUGAGGAUCCUCGAGUCAAAGCUUUCUAGAGGACUCUGGACACGUCCACUCCAGGAGACAGUCCUGGCAAUAUUGAAUAAUAUGGAAAAGUCACAAAUGCACGUUUGAAAAUUCAUGGGUUCAUUUUUCACCAGUAGUGUUCAAGGCUCUAGGAGUUUGCAGCCUCAGAGGUAAGCUCACAACGUUAGCCAUCAGUUUUCCCCCCAAACGGCCACUCUUGGUGAUGGGCAGCUUACGGCGGUCCGGUCUGUUUUUCCUAUAGGUGAUCAUUUGGUAUGUGGCCGUGUUCAUUGUCCUUUUAUCAAACAUUUUUUCCAAGACUACUUAACCUUUCUCUGACUGUAUUUUUAACAAAGUCUAGUGUAGAGUCCAACUUUAUCAUGUCCAGUCCCACCUUCAAAAAAGAUGUGUGAAAUAAAGAUCAUCACCUAUCACAUACCUAAUUGGAUAUUGAAAAACUGAGUGGGGGAGGUUGUACGUUUAUUGAAAAAAGAUUAAAAAAAAUCUCUUUAUGCUAUCUAAAUGUCAUAAUGUAUCAGUUGAAUCUUAUUCUAAAGGUCAAAUUACUAAAUGCAGAUAUUUCAGCUCAAGGAAAAUGAGCUGUCAUAUGUUUUAGGUUGACAUACAUUUCUUAAUCAUAAGCUAUAUUGGACACAUUUAAAAACUGUCACCUCUCCAAGGUUAAAAAUAAAAUACAAUAUAAAUAUAAAAUGUUUGUUUUAGUAGGGAUUUGCAUUUAUGCGGCUGGUUUGUGUAAAAAAGCAUAGAAUACUGUUUACCGCAACGAGUUGCUGAAAUGUUGAAAACAUUUUUUCAAUCCUAAAGAUUUCAGAAUUGUAAAGACAUGAUUGAAUCCAUACAUCACAGUAUUAGGCACAUAAUUGGCACUCAUGGAAUGGGACUGGUUAACUAAUUGCCUGUGACCCAUUAAAGAUCUGUUUAAUUAGCAAAAUUAGCUGUAUGCUUACAAGGAAAGCCUAGUAGGUAAUUUAAAAUGUCCGCCAGGAAUAAAUAUCAUUUCAAGGUCACAGUGAGGCUGAUAUAUGUUAAAGGUAAUAACGUGCAGAAUAUAUUUGUAAAGGAUAUACCCUUUUCUGUGGUCCUUAAUGUGUAUCAAGUAAUUGAUCUAGAUUCUGAAAAGAUGAAAUGGAACUUAAGAUCGUUCAGCAUCCUGAGAAUUGUCAUGCUGUAGAUACAGAUACUAUGGGUCCCUUCCCUAGGGUUGCUUUUCUUAAGAUGAGCGGUGCUGAGUCUGGGCCAACUUUUAAAGUUAGAACUUGAGAUUUUCCUCUGUCAGUAAUGAAAAGCAAAUAAAGGUUCCAUGCUUCUUUGAGUGAAAAGCACAUUUUAAUAAUUUAUUUCAUUAUCUUUGUGAUCUACUCUGGACCUUCUAGCUCACCGGCCCCAAAACAAUAUACUUUGGGAGACACCAACUUU